GUCGUGACCUUAUUGCUCAAUAUGGGCGCGGACACAAAUGCCCAUGACAACUCAGAUACGACGCCUUUACAUUACGCAUGUCGGAAUGGCUCUACGCGCACCGCUCGUAUCCUCCUCGCCGGCGGGGCGGAUAUUGAUGCUCGCGAUAGCUCACAGCUCACCCCGAUGCUCCACGCUGUCUACAUGGGCCACCAAGAGAUCAUCGAACUGCUCCUCCUAUGUGGAGCUGAUCCCGCG